GUUGGUUAUUGCGGGCGAUGCCGUUUCACUGUUGUGACGUUAAAGAUUUUUAUCGCAUCUACAUUGCUAUUAUAAAUAUCCUGUUAACAAAUUAUUGGACAUAACAAUUAUCCUGGAGGUGGUAGAAGAUCGUCGACAAUGAGUUCGAUAUCGAACGUUGAGAAUUUGUCACCUCAAAUUAUUCGGAGAGUUGCCAAGGAGAUGACGGAAUUGGCGGCCCAUCCACCUGAGGGGAUCAGGGUUGUCGUCAAUGACGAGGAUGUCACGGACAUUCAGGCGGUUAUCGAGGGUCCUGCUGAAACCCCGUAUGCAAACGGACGCUUCAGGAUUAAGCUAGCACUGGGAAAGGACUUCCCCCAGGGACCGCCCAAGGCAUUCUUUCUCACCAAGAUAUUUCAUCCAAAUGUCGCCAAGAAUGGGGAAAUUUGCGUUAAUACUUUGAAGAAGGACUGGAAAUCUGAUCUGGGGAUUAAGCACAUCCUUCUGACUGUCAAGUGCCUACUUAUUGUACCUAAUGCCGAGUCUGCCUUGAAUGAGGAGGCAGGGAAGAUGCUGCUGGAGAAGUACGAGGAGUACUCGGAGAGGGCCAAAAUGAUGACGGAAAUUCAUGCCCAGGGUGGAGGCAAAGGCAGCAAAGCAGGACUCGAGACAUGCACAUCGUCAGAUCUGGGUGGUCCCCUUCCAAAAAAGCACGCCGGUGACAAGAAGCUCACAGCCGAGAAGAAGAAACUCCUCAAGGACAAGAAGAGAACCCUGAAACGAUUGUAAAACGACAAAUCUCUCUCCUCUCCACUUUCAUCCCCUUAGUUGAAGUAUAAAAUGGUCGAAUUACUUUGGUGUGGUCAAAAUCAUCCGAUCGAUAGUGUCCUAUUAUCCUUGUGUAGAGAAUUAAGCAGAAUGAUGAGGUAUUACCUGAUGUUGACUGAUCGUAUUGUUAAGUAAUUAAAUCCAUCCCCUUAGUUCAAUCUGACAUCGAGAAUGUCAGUCUCCAUUUAUUCGAGAGUAAUCAAUCAUCAUUCAUCUUCCUCAAUCACUUGUUUUUUUCUGUCUCCUCGUCAUCCUAAUGAAUAUUUUUACAAUAAUAAUGUACAAAAUAAAAUUAAAUUAAAUGAUCGCCUAGAUGAAU